CGGCAGUGUGCCCUGCCUGCACCCCUUGCGCGGCCGCGGCAUCCGCGGCCACGAGCGAGGCGGCCGCGUCGGCCCCGUCGGCUGGCGGCGAGGCCCAGGGCGCGGCGGCCACUCUGGGUGACGUCAGCCGCGACGCCCGGGCCUUGUGCCUGGGGCUGCUGGGCGGCACGCUCGGCUGCUUCCUGGCGGCGGCUUGCUGCGUCGAGACGGGACGCUCGGCCGAGGCGGUGUGGCACCAGCGCUUGAGUCUGGGGCUGGUGGCGUCCUCGGAAGGUGACCAAGUCAUCGAUACAGCCGACGGCGACCUGUACACAGUGACGGUGUCGGACUGCCCGGAUGUGCGGGGGGCCAGGUUCGGCAGCUACGACCCCCCGCCGCUAGGGAUCGACCCGCAGCAGGUGUAUCGGAGCGGAGCGGGUCCGACGGACGCGAGAGUGGCGCAGCUCACCGCCGCAGCAGGGCAGGUGGCACCCGCCGAGUGCAGGGUGCGCGCGCGGGCGAUGGGCAACCCAGAGCUGCUAGUGGUCCUGGGGCCCCUGGUGCGGCCGGGCGGCCGCGGGCCGCGGGAGUGGCUCGGCAUCGAACGGCACCACGAGCAUCUCCGCCAGGCGUGCAAGCUGGGCGUCAGCGACUGGGGCGGUCAGGAGCGCAUCCAGCCCCCUCAGCAGAUCAAGGCGGUGCCGGGCCAGGACCACGGAGAUGGCACCAGCUCGUUCAGCAUUAAGAUGUUGUUCUGGAGGCUCCUGACUAUCGAGGUUGCGGUCGGGGACAAGGCCAAGGACGCCGAGAGCACGGGGGUGGGCGGCAUGAUGAGCUUGGAAGGUCAGGCCGCCUUCUCUGGGCUGUCACGCGUGGUUUCCACGGCCGAGGUGACCCCCGACCUCAUCGAGUACAUCCGCGCCGAGGUUGAGAAGAAGGCGAUGUUGCACAACAAGCUGCGCCUGGCCCGCGAGGUCAUGGGCCUGCUCCUACUCAAGACGUCCGCGGUGAACGGCGACGUCGUGCACGUGAUAUCUUUCCUCUGCCGUGCCCGAGGGAUCGCGAGGUCUUCGAUCGGGACGUGGGCCGUGGGCUAUCCCGUGGAUUGCGACAGCGGCUGGCUUCGCGUGGCCGGGGGCGCCUACACCGUCGAGCAGUCGUCCCUCGGGAGCUACGACCCCGCGCUCCUCUCCUUGCCGGACGUCAGCACGGCUCCUGUCCCGCUGGCGGAUGUGUGGGGGGAGGGCGGGCUAUCCAAGGUCGAACUCUUUGUUCAGCAGCGCCUGCUCAGUCCGAGCGAGGCGGCGGCCCGUCUCCGUCAGAGUUCUGUGCCUGUUCCCUACUCUGACCCCAAGCUUCGCGACCAGAAGUGCUGGUCCAGUUUUGCCCAGCUUUUGUACGAGCGCCAUCUUAUCGAGUACGCCCUGGAGGAUGGCAUGCGAGCAGACAUCUUCUUUGUCAAGAAGAAGGGCGGCCGCCUCCGCGUGGUCGCGGACUGCCGCAGGUCCAGCGAGAUCCUCGUGGAGCCCGACGGCGUCAGGCUCGCCACGGGGGGCGCCUUCGGGUGCCUUGAGAUGCUCGACGACGACAGCGAGCUCGCCAUCGAGGGUGCGGACCUGAAAGGGCCUGUCUGGGCCGGGGUCAUGGGCGUCUCCGUCGUCGGCGCCAAGGAGGUCAAGGCCUCCGCGCGCCUGUGCUCCAGGCUGCGCGUCGUUCCCAUGGGCUGGUCGUGGGCGAUGUGGUGGUGCCAGUCGCUCGUGGAAAGGGUGGCCGACGCGAGCGGCUGUGACGAUGCCUCUCGGCUUCGAGACGGCCGCCCAGCCCCGCCACUCAGCUCCGCCUGCCAUCUCGAGUACGUGGACAACCACGUCAGCAUCGGUUGCGACGCGGACGCUGUGCGCGCCAACGUCACGAGGGUGAUGCAGGAGCUUGAGCGGCGUGGACUCGUGGUCACGAGGGAAGCUCAUCUUGGCGAGGUGGAGGGCGAGUUGUCCGUCCUUGGGUGGGCCCUCUCGUCCACGGGCCGCUUUUCGUCAUCGGCGUCCCGUCUCUGGCGCACGAGGCUUGCUGUGCGGGCCUUGGUCCGAAGGGGCCGAUGCUCGGGUCGGGGCCUGGAGCGGGUGAUCGGGCACGUGGUCUUCAUCGCGCUGGCCCGGCGCGAGGGCCCCCGCAUCUUCGAGUCGUGCUGCAGGUUCACCCAGGAGUGUUACAACCGUGAGGUGCCGCUCUGGAGCCAGCUCGCGGCCGAGGGGGCUGCUGGCGCGGCCGAGGGCCUGCUCGCCCGGCUGGGCGCCCAGCUUCCGUCGGGAUCCAGCGGACAGUCGCUGGGCCCGCCGCUUGAGCGUGACCUCAGCCAGUUUCCCGAAGUUCCCCGGCGAGUGCUGGAAAGGAGUAAGUGGCAGGUCACGGGCAGGAGGAAGUGGGAUCGUCUUGAGGGGGUGCCUGUCCUCGAGGCGCGGGCCGUUUUGUAUCAUGUUCGCCAUGCUCUCCGAGCUGUCCGCAACCGCGGGAAGCGUCUGCUCGUCUUGGGCGACUCGCUGUCUUCGGUCUCGGCUACUGCUAGGAUGAGGGCCCACAGUAACACCUUGCUCAGUAUCAUGCGCAAGAUCGGUGCUCUCUCCCUGGCUUCGGGGAGUUCCUUCUGUAUCCGCUGGAUUCCUUCGGAGUACAAC